AACAACCUCACGGAAGCCCAACGCUUUUCUUCCCUGCCGCGCAGGGCAGCCGUGAACAUCGAGUUCAAGGACCUCUCCUACUCAGUCCCGGAAGGACCCUGGUGGAGGAAGAAAGGCUGGAUGAGAGGACCCCAGAUUGAUGGUGGCUCUUCAGUCGUGGUAGGAAGACAGGGACUGUCACGAAGGCCGGCCAGCAUCCGCCUGUGCUGGCUGCCAGCGCGGGCUCGGCCCUCUUCGCCGGAUGCCCCUCACGUUGGUCUUUCAAGAGGACACGAUUUCUUACUGUUCCGGAGGGCAAAGGAAGGGAGGUGCUUCUCCCAAGUUUGAAGUCCAAAGUAGCCGGUGACCUAGAGCGGCCUCUCCGGCUGCCGAUCGUCUACAUUAUGGGUGGUGCCGAUGGGCUAUAAAUAGACUGUUGUCAAAUGAGCCACGGAAAUGAAAAUACAAGAGAGAGAGGAUGGGACUGGGAGGCUCUGGAGUUUGCCACCGUUUGCUGCGUGUUCACGGGAUUUGGUGACCGAUGCCGGUAUUUGGAGUUUUUUUAGCCACCUGGAUGUUCCUGUGCUAGCUCGAGAUUUCCAAAGUGUGUAGAGUUAAUGCUUCCCUGGGUUGGUGUUUUGCUUUGUUUUGUUUUUUUCCAGCCUGACCUAUGUGCCCAUCCUGCACCCCCCUUUCAGGCGGGUGGGGGGCAGUUGGGAGACGGCAUGUCCCACGUCCCCCAGGAACAACAGCCUGUGGCUUCUCAUGAGCCUUUACAACUACGGGGACAUCUGUGAGGAAUCUGGAACAAGGACAGUGAGCCGGGUACCGCUGGCCUAUUGUAUGUUAGGACUCUCAACUGAAAUCCAGAGUCAGACCUUCCUUCUUUUCAAGGCAGACCCACCAAGACUUUUUUAGAUUUCAUGAUCCUGUCUUUUCCCGCUAUUACCUUCAUUUUGUUCUCCUACUCCCUUGAAGCUAAGCUGUUGAGGUUGUUGGCAUGGACGCUCUGGGCUUCCUUGUGACCAUGGUGCUGGACUCUUGAUGGACCGGCCCCUGGGACCUGCUCGCCACGUUAGUUACCAGAUGACUUUAUGUCUGUUUGUACAAGUAGGAACACAUCCUGAGCUUUAUCAGUGGCCGGCUGUAUGCUGCCAUCUGAUACUUACAUUGUCAGAGUUUGCCAGCCAGUGUUGUAAAGAAAGAAAGCCCGUGGCAGGCUCAGGGUUGGGCCCGUUUGUGUGAGCCCAUUGAAGUUUCAACACAGGCUUAUAGCCUUUUCCUUCUCACCGUGAAAGAAAAACCUUGGGGAAAAACUUGCUGAGCCACCAGGAGGACCUUGUUGUUUUGGCUCGGUUGGUCUAGAAGGACAAACUGUGGCAGGCCUUCGAGAGGCAGAGGUCGAUUCCAGCACGUCUGUUACGUGUGGCCGCGGAAAUGGUCGUGAGGCUUGGAUGGGUGUCCUGGACAGUGAAGGUGCCACGCAGACCAGGCAUGCAAACACUGGAAAACGGAGGCAGAAUCUCGUUUUGACAUCUAAUACAGCAAGCGUUCAUGGUUUGCAAGUGGAGAACAGCAUUUCCUAUUAGGCUACAAGACCCUCCUGAAAGGGAUUUCCGGGAAGUUCAACAGCGGGGAGCUGGUGGCCAUCAUGGGGCCCUCUGGGGCUGGGAAGUCCACGCUCAUGAACAUCCUGGCUGGGUACAGGGAGACAGGCAUGAAGGGCGCCGUCCUCAUCAACGGCCUGCCCCGGGACCUGCGCUGCUUCCGGAAGGUGUCCUGUUACAUCAUGCAGGACGACAUGCUUCUGCCACACCUCACGGUGCAGGAGGCAAUGAUGGUGUCCGCACACCUGAAGCUCCAGGAGAAGGACGAAGGCAGGAGGGAGAUGGUCAAAGAGAUCCUGACGGCUCUGGGCUUGUUGUCUUGUGCCAACACACGGACUGGGAGCCUCUCGGGCGGCCAGCGGAAGCGCCUGGCCAUCGCCCUGGAGCUGGUGAACAACCCUCCCGUCAUGUUCUUUGAUGAGCCCACCAGUGGGCUGGACAGUGCCUCCUGCUUCCAGGUGGUCUCCCUGAUGAAAGGGCUGGCUCAGGGAGGGAGGUCCAUCAUCUGUACCAUCCACCAGCCCAGCGCCAAGCUCUUCGAACUCUUCGACCAGCUUUAUGUCCUCAGUCAAGGACAAUGUGUGUACCGGGGAAAAGUCUCAAAUCUUGUACCAUACUUGAGGGAUUUAGGUCUGAACUGCCCAACCUACCACAACCCAGCUGAUUUUGUCAUGGAGGUCGCGUCUGGUGAAUACGGCGAUCAGAACGGCCGCCUGGUGAGAGCCGUCCGGGAGGGCAUGUGUGACUCCGACCACAGGAGAGAGCCUGGGGGGGAUGCCGAGGUGAACCCUUUUCUUUGGCACCGGCCCUCUGAAGAGGUAAAGCAGGCAAAACGAUUGAAGGGGUGGAGAAAGGACUCCACCUCCAUGGAGGGCUGCCACAGCUUCUCAGCCAGCUGCCUCACCCAGUUCUGCAUCCUCUUCAAACGGACUUUCCUCAGUAUCAUGAGGGAUUCGGUCCUGACGCACCUGCGGAUCACAUCUCACAUUGGAAUCGGCCUCCUUAUUGGCCUGCUGUACCUGGGGAUUGGGAACGAAGCCAAGAAGGUCCUGAGUAACUCCGGCUUCCUCUUCUUUUCCAUGCUGUUCCUCAUGUUCGCUGCCCUCAUGCCCACCGUUCUCACGUUUCCCCUGGAGAUGGGAGUAUUUCUUCGGGAACACCUGAAUUAUUGGUACAGCCUGAAGGCCUACUACCUAGCCAAGACCAUGGCCGACGUGCCUUUCCAGAUCAUGUUCCCAGUGGCCUACUGCAGCAUCGUGUACUGGAUGACGUCGCAGCCGUCCGACGCCGUGAGGUUCGUGCUGUUCGCUGCGCUGGGCACCAUGACGUCCCUGGUGGCACAGUCCCUGGGUCUGCUCAUUGGAGCCGCAUCCACAUCCCUGCAGGUGGCGACCUUUGUGGGACCCGUGACGGCCAUCCCUGUUCUCCUCUUCUCGGGGUUCUUCGUCAGCUUCGACACGAUCCCGGCUUACCUGCAGUGGAUGUCGUAUAUCUCCUACGUCAGGUACGGGUUUGAAGGGGUCAUCCUGUCCAUCUACGGGCUGGACCGAGAGGACCUGCACUGUGGCAUCGAUGAGACAUGCCACUUCCAGAAGUCGGAGGCCAUCCUGAGGGAGCUGGACGUGGAGGACGCCAAGCUCUACCUGGACUUCAUCGUUCUGGGUAUUUUCUUCAUCUCCCUGCGCCUCAUCGCCUAUUUUGUCCUGAGAUACAAAAUCCGGGCAGAGAGGUAAAAACACCAGAGUGCCAGGAGACACAGACGUAGACAUCGCGGCCCAGGACCCCUUGUAGAGCCGCAGAGACCGCUGCCGCCCAGACCCCGGCGGCACGCUCGGGCCGCGGGCAUCGUGCUGCCCAUCCGCGCCCAGCCAGCUCGGCGCCUCUCUCCAUCUCCCUUUCUGGCUUCACCUGGGAAGAAGGUGUAGAAAGUCGUCACAUCUGUGUGCGGAAUUUAACACGGCGGUGGCCGGGCAUGCAGGAGUGGGCAGCAGAGGGGCGGCCGGGAAGCUGGGGGUGGCCCCGUCUCGGGACUGUCGCUGUUGUCCUACGGUUUUGCCUCCUUCUCCAGGGAGAAGUCAAUUUCCAAGCCAAAAGCCGGUAACUCUCAUUCAUUUUAAGAAACUGUAUCUUUUUAGUACUUGUUAAAGGAAAUUAUUCAGGGUAAAUAACACACUUUGCUUAGAGAUACGAGGGGCUUAACUAAGGCGCGGAGCUGGUCUUGUUUUCAGGCAGACCUUGGGAAAGGCGUGGGCGCAGUGCCCCGGCAGAGAGAAGGCUCUGGGGCAGCACGCAUUCCGAAAAGUCAUACAGAAAGCUGGAGGGUGACAUAGGCCAACCUUCCCAAAGUCUUUUCUCCCCUCCCCCACCCCAUGCUGCUUAUCUUAAGCAAAAAAUAUGUUUAUUUCUUCCUAACUUUCUGAACACCUUAAUUUCGCCUAAAAAGUGUC